AGAACCACAAGUAAUUGACAUCUGUGUCAGAAUUAAAAACAAGGAAAUGUGACGGUUCUACGUAAGAUUACCAAAUAACAUUUAAUAUAAGCAACUGCCAGCCAAUGCAAGUUACACCUCUCAGAGAUAAGAUGGUAGCACCCAGGUACAAAGCACGUUGCUUUCAAGUAUUAAAACAUUGUUUCAUUUCCUAUAAAAACACUGCCAAAAAUGUAGCCAGCUGAAGUUCUGCAUGCUUAGUUUUCUAACUCAGGCUCAAUACAUUAAGCUAAAAUAAGAUUGUUAUUUCCAUUAAAAAUUUUAAAAAUACAUUUUUUUCUUAUUAAAAAACACAUUUGCAUUUCAGCUAUUUUACUAACUUCUAUAAUGGCAUAGGCUGAAAUCUUCAAAGACAUCCCCUCGUAAUAAAGAUGCACUCUGCCAAAAAUAAAUUUGUAAAAACAUAAGUAACUAAAAAUCUAUGCUAUUUCCCUCAAUUCUUUAUAUUUGCAUGCUCAUUAGAUUUUAGAUUAACUGCUAUAAUCUUAGAUAUGCACAAAAAUAUUCCAUUUGUUAAGUGUUAUAACUUGAACAUUUAAUCACUCAUUUGACUGUAAGAGGUAUAUAAUAUCCUGUACUAGGAAGUACACGCCUAUAGGCCCAAAAAUGGAGCAAAACAAUUGCAAAAGUAAGAAUGCCAGGCUUCCAACAAGACUGGCACUUUAAGGGUCUUGUGUGGAAUAAACAAUAGGAUCUCUGAUCCCUGUUCCUCAUCCCCCUCCACAUUUUUUCAAAAGAGCAUCACGAGAAUACAGGAAAAAAAUCAUUUGAGUGUACAAAGCUGAAAUAGAACUGGAACUAGGCAGCCUAGAAUAAAGAGUGAAGACUAGGAUGAGGCUCCAAUGAGAAGCAUCUAAUUGCUAGGAAAAUUAGAAGAGAUGCUCCAAAGACCUGAGACAGACUAAAAUCAGAAAAAGUCUGAUGAUUGCCUGGAUUUUAGUCAAGUUGUUAGCUACUAGAGAAAACAUGGGACAGAGCACUAGGGAGCAGAGAAACCAGAGAGAAUGAAAGGCAAAAGAGAUGGGGGUAGCAGAGCGCAACAAGCCUGCACUGGCUGGGCAAAAGGUGCAGGACUGAGCUGAAGCAGAGGAAUCAUGGACAGUGAACAGAGACAAAACCUGGCCACAAGAGGAAAUAAAUCUAUGUGACUACAACUGCAGUGCUGCCAGGAAGAGGGACUAAGACAAUACAGUAGGUGAAUUAAAAACAAACAAACAAACCCAAGAAAACAGCUGUUUUGGGAAAUGGACAGAGUAGUAGUUCAGUAAAUAAAAUUUUCCCUCAGAACUCAAGGUUGCCUGAUGUCUGGUCUUCCUCCACUGACAGCAAAUGUUUGUCGGAGUUUCACAAAGCAGCUCUUCCCUUCCUGUGCCAGAAGGGAAUUGUUAGCAGAACAGGACCUAUUUUGAUGUCUAUUCCUUUGUACCCAAUCAAGGCAGAAAUUGUUGGCACUUCUCUGAUGAUAUGGGAGAAGAGUUGAGACAAAGUCACAGGCUAUUUGAAACAAGAUUACUCUCAACUAGCUAACCCUCCCUUAGAAAAGCAAAGUAUUUUAAUGCAACAGUUUUACAAAAUCCAAAAUCUGGAGGCAAGGGUAGACUUUUUAUGGUUUAAUAGACAACAUGGCAGUAUUUUAUUUUAGGCAGACACUUAAGUAAAAUUUGAAGCUUCUACAGUUACUAUACAUUUGUGAUCAGCACAUUUUAAAAGCAGAAAGCUCUAUAAAUUGCAGUAGUCAAAAUAUAGAGCUCAAACAAAGUUAUGUAAUAGCUAUUGAAUUGCUUUCCUAGUGAACUCUACAAAAAUCUGUCUAAAAAUCAUCAAUACAUAAUUUAAAAAACCAAAACACAGAAUGAAAAAAGAUUUGUAGGCUCAGAAUAUGAGAUAGAAGCCAUCACUACCCUUGAAAAGCUACCUACAGAUUUUGUGUAACUGUCACAUUCCUGAAGUGUCACCUUAAUGACCUCUGAAGUAAUGGUUGUGCCCAGUCUUCAAACAAGUUUAAUUUUUCAAGCUAAACAAGCAUAGGGUUUUUAUUGAUAUAAGAACCUAACUUCUUUGUAUAUAAACAUAACAGAAGUAAAAUGAAAUGUAUUUAUUUGAACUGUAUAUUCAGAACAUCUAGUUCAGUGUUGCUCAGACACUGGAUUUUGUUCUUUCCUGUGUUAUUCACUAUAUUCUUACUGCACUGAAAGGAGUAGCAUUCCCAUGGGAAAAUGUAGCUAAAUUAAUGCAAAUAACAGUGGUAAAGUGUAUUUUCUGAAAGUAGGAUAUAUUUUUAUUAACAGAGGAGGGGAAAACUUGAUUUUUUAACUUCUAAGGAUCUGUUAAAAAUUUUUCUUCAUAUAUAAAAAAAGGGAAAUGAAAUCUUUCACACAACUCAGUAAAUUACACUUCAGGUUCAAGACUCUAACUUCCAGUAUUGAAACUCUAGAGUCAGCUUGAAAACUUAACCAAAUCUUUUACAGUGGAGAGGGACAGAGAGAGCUUGGUCUGAGUUGUUAAGUAAUCAAAGUGCUGAUCUUUCUUCCACCUCUAGCAAUUGUGAAAAUCCUGGCCUCACAGAGUGCCUCUGAAUUGGAAGCAGAGGGAAAGUUUGGCUGCUUAGGGCCAUGACAAGAAGCCUAGCCAAGCUGCCUCUUCCACUAAGAAACAAGUGAUUCCAGCUGUAAAUGGUAUUAGCAAAAGUUGCUACCAAAUAAAGCAAAUACCAAAAUAUAAAUGCACAGACUUACUAGAGCACUAACUAAAUUGUAUAUAAAACAUUUAAUGAAGUAUUAAUCAAAAUAGAUUUGAGAAACUGCAACUAAUAGAUGAACAGUCUCUACAAAAAGGUGCUAAUGACAUUGAGAAAGGUGGUACAAGACACAGACUUUUGUCAGAAGGGAGUACACUCAGAAAUAUACUCUUAAUGUGACCCAACACCCUACGACAGCAAUGUCCUCCAAUUUCCAUCAACAGAUGGCAGAUUAUGAGUUCUAACUGGAUGGGAACCAACGUUAUAUAAAAAGGCUGGAGCAACUGAGGUUAGUACUUGUAUGCAGUUCUGUUGCCAUUUGAUUGAAAUAAACUGUAUCUAGCUAGUAGAGAACCUUAUAGUUGACAUUAGUCGUGGUAGUCAUGCUAAGGCUUGAUAGGCCGCAUAUAACCUGCAAAUGAACUAUCAUAGUGAAAUUUGUAAUGUAAGCAGUGUAUCUAAGGAAUAAUCACUUAUCUAAGGAAUGUACCUGUUGGCAAGAACCUAAAUGUCAAGAAGAUAAUAGUACCAGGCGAUAGAAUUAAGUAAGAUGUUGUAGCGAUUAAGAAAUCAUGUAAAGAAACAUAUAAAAACCCUGUAAAAUUUCUGUAAGAUGGGGCUCUGACUUUGGACGCUAGUCCCAGGCUCCCAGGGCCCUCAAUAAAGCACCGCAUAAACGACUUCGGUUGUUUGUGUUUUCUUCGGAUCGGGCAACAGUUUUCUGGCGACCGCGGCAGGACUCCGAAGGUGACUAGGGGCGGUUCGCGUUUCGAUCCACUCCACGCCGGCACCGAGUGAUUCUCGGGGAGUCAUCGGCUCGUGCCCGACCCCUGCGCCUGGCGGACGACUGCGAAAGGGGAACCUUGCAGUGGAACCGACCCAUGCCACUGGAAAAUCCGGUGCAUGACAUUCAACCAGGAGACCAAGUGUACGUGAAAAAUUGGUCCACCCUCCCCUUGAAAGAAGCAUGGGACGGCCCGCAUCAAGUGAUCCUGACAACCUACACGGCAGUAAAGGUCGAAGGAAUCGACUCAUGGAUCCAUUACACUCGGGUCAAGAAAGUCCCUAUGCAAUGGGGGACACAGUUAGUUUCUCCCACGCGGAUGAUUUUCCACAGAAAGUAGCAUUUUUAAUUAUAUUGUUACUGGUGUUGACGAAACCCAUCUGUGUUAAUGGUUCUGAUUUUAUUGUAGUUGCAGUUACCGAACCAGUGGUCGGUGUCAUGGAAGGAAUGGAUGUGAACCUGACCUGUUUAAUAACAAAUAACCAGAAAACUGAAGCCCGGAAUGUGCGAGCAAUCUGGAAGAAAGGUGCUGAUUAUCCAGAAGCAAAUGCUACUACAGUUUGGGAUAAGGAUGCACAAAAAGGAAACACCACAUUACAGCUGAAGCGAGUCAGUCAAAAGGAUAUGGAAAGGUACAUGUGUAUUGUAAGAUCCCGGAAAAGCUUUGAUUAUAAACAAAUUACAUUGAGAGUAGUGCCCUGGAAGUUGUGGAAGGAUGCUCCAUCCCAGGAAUCUGUAGAGAUAGAUCCCCCUUGGGCUGGACAAGAUAUGUGGGAAGGACUUCCCUUAAAAAUGAGUUGCCCAUUCAUAUUGAAACAGGGAUGUAAUCAGACUGUGCAGGUCAAAUGGUGGAAAGAAAACAAGCCAAAGUCAUGGGAUAAGAUAGACCGAGGAAUUAGCUGGUGGGAGAAAUCUGGAAAAGGUAUAGGAUGGUUGAAUAUUAGUAACCCUCAAAUUGGUCUUACUGAAGGAAAAUACUUGUGUUUAGUGAUAUGUGGAAUUGAGGCCGAUUAUGGAAUAAGAAUUGUAGGAGCUGGACAAGGAACCAGACCCCCUCACAUAGUACCCCCAAUAGGAAAGAAGCGUAGAGAGGUAGCUGUACAUCAAAGUCAUGAACGGGAAAAUUUGAUAAUAGGGCUGAUUAGAGAUUUUGGGAUGGUGCAAAACGUAUCCCGAAUUACGGCAUGCCUGCCACUUCCACAAGCGGCAGGAGAACCAAUUCCAUGGGGAAUAAUUCCCAUUCCAUUACCACAUGAGAUAGCAGAAAACAUAUCUACUGUAUGUCACAUUGAAAGAAAAGAAAGAGAGAUAGUGACGGUCAAAAAGAAUGUUUGGAACGCAGCCUUGUAUACUACCGAGGAUGUAGAAGUUAGAACAAAGCAACCUUACCAGGAAGUUAAGUGUGAAAAUGUAAGCCGGCAACAAGUUAUUUGGGAUAAUUGGAAAACGGUAUGGGGUCCGAGCUUGCUAGAACACUACAGCUAUAUUGGAGCAGUGAGUUGGUGUAUACAAUGGACAGGAAAGAAAAAUAAAACCCUGUUAGAAGUCUACAAGACUGAAACAUCUACGAGAGAAAUUAAAGAAGCUAGAGAAAAUUGGAAUUGCACUAAUGUCAUUACAUGUGAUACCCCUGAAAAUCAGAUCAAUCUGGCUCCUCUUAGAGUACUACUUAAGUGGGGAUGUGAAUGCAGGAGAUUCAAUCAUACAAUAUUAGACAAAGUAAACUCACUCUGGAGUAACGGAAUUAGGAGAGCUGUAAGCUGUAAGGACACUACAAUUAAAAGUCCAGGAAACUUAGUUUGGGUAAUGGGACAUGGACAAUGGACCACACAUAUUCCUAUAGAUGGGCCUGUGACACAAAUUACUCUAGGAAUCCCUACUCUUUGUCCCCUAUGGAAACAAUCAAGAUUAAAAUCCAACCGGAAGAAAAGAGAAGUAGAUGCAUUCACUGAGUUAGAAAAUGAAUGGCACGAACCUGAUGGCGGAGUUAAAUUUGGGUGGGCUUUAGAAUCACUAUUUGCACCUAUAGCCACCUAUAGGAACAGAGAGAUGCUGUACAAAUUGCUAGGGCAGACUGAAAGAUUAGCAGCAGCCACUAAAAAAGGAUUCAAGGAUAUAAAUUUGCAAUUACAAGCCACAUCCCGAAUGACUUUGCAGAACAGGAUGGCACUAGAUAUGCUCCUGCUAAAAGAGCAUGGUGUGUAUCAGUAUCUAAAAACAAGAAUUGAUCAUUGCUGCAUCCAUAUUCCAAACAUGACUAUUGAAGUAGAGAAAGAUAUCUCUCAAUUGGAAAUCGUUGAAUCCAAAACAAAAGACAUUGAAAAGGAAGCACAACAUAAUUGGAUCGGAGAAAUUUUUGAAUCUUUAGGGCUUCAGGUUUCUGGAUGGGUUUCGUCUAUAAUACAAUACAUUCUGUUAAUUUUAAUUCUGUUACUAACUGUUUGGCUAGCAUAUAAGUGUGUUCUAGGAGUCAUCGAAAAGGAGACAAAACACACCAGAAGAGUAAUGAAAGCCUUGACAAGAAGCAACGAGAUGCAACUGUCUCACUUGACUCCUCCGAAGUAUGAAGAUGUUAUCGGGCAAGAGAACCCAGCAUUCGAAGACUCGAUAACAACUGAGAAUUGAGCAUCCUUGCAGAAGACUGAAGAAUGCUCAAAAGGGGGGAAGUUGUUGCCAUUUGAUUGAAAUAAACUGUAUCUAGCUAGUAGAGAACCUUAUAGUUGACAUUAGUCGUGGUAGUCAUGCUAAGGCUUGAUAGGCCGCAUAUAACCUGCAAAUGAACUAUCAUAGUGAAAUUUGUAAUGUAAGCAGUGUAUCUAAGGAAUAAUCACUUAUCUAAGGAAUGUACCUGUUGGCAAGAACCUAAAUGUCAAGAAGAUAAUAGUACCAGGCGAUAGAAUUAAGUAAGAUGUUGUAGCGAUUAAGAAAUCAUGUAAAGAAACAUAUAAAAACCCUGUAAAAUUUCUGUAAGAUGGGGCUCUGACUUUGGACGCUAGUCCCAGGCUCCCAGGGCCCUCAAUAAAGCACCGCAUAAACGACUUC